CAGAGGACAAAGGAAAUCUCUCUAUUUUGGAUCACAGCAACACCAAGAUGCAGUCCCUCAAAGAUCACGAUACUCUCAUUCCUCGGCCUCGUGGGACUUUGCCUAAGGUGUGUGCUGCGGCACUGGCUGCCGUGACAAUAGGAGGCACAGUGGUUCUGUCUCCUGAAAGGUUAUUUGGAUGGGUUGCCAUGGUAAUACUCAUCCUGACCCUUGGACCUCUGCUGCACGGCCUAUGUCUUCUCGCAGAGGAGAUGAUUUACCAUUCAAAUACGAGGUAUCGAGGCAGAGGACUGCUGAGCCAUGUGCUGCCAGCCUGUGGGUUGGGGGGAAAGACCCUGCUGGCUGCGGGUCUGGCAGGCAUUCUGCUCUACCUGGCCGGACAUCCUCUGCCACACAAAGGCCAAUGCUGGAAACUCCUCUUCCUGGCCUCGGUCCUUUACGCGCUGUUCAAAAGCCUGGGAGUCUUGGGUCCGUCGGAGGUGGAGGUGUCAGACAUCUGCGAGGGGAGGAAGAUGAACGUGGCCCACGGCCUGGCCUGGUCCUUCUACCUUGGCUACCUGCGACUGGUGCUGCCGCGUUUGGAGGGCUCCAUCGCAGCAUUUCGUGCCACCCAUCAGGCCAGCAGCUCCUCCUGGGGUCGUGGCUCCAGGAAACUCCUCAUCCUUGUACCUCUCAAUGCCAACAUUUCUCACAAGCUGGAGGAAGAGGAUGACAACAUCUGUUUCUAUGACAACCUCCCCAACAGUGAGAUAGACAGGGCAGGAGUCCGGGGGCGGGUCUACAAACACAGCGUCUACAGUGUAUUGGACGAGCAUGGAAAGGCCCAUGAGUGUGUGGUGGAGUAUGCGACGCCUCUGCUGACGCUGUACAGCAUGUCCCAGGAGAGCAGCGCUGGUUUCGGGGAGCCGGAGCGCAGACAGCAGGUCCUGCUCUUCUACAGGACGCUGCAGGACAUACUGGAGCACUCGCUGGAGUGCCGCAACCGCUACAAACUCAUCCUGCUUAAUGAUGAGCAUGAGGACGACCCUCACUUCCUGUCCAAAGCUAUCCUACGCCACCUGCAGCAGCAGGAGAAAGAGGAGUUCUGCCUCACCCCGCCUCCUCACCAGGAGAUGGCGCACCCGUUGGCGAAUGGUGACUGGCACCACCCUGAGCAAAUGAGCAGGGAGCCUACGCUCAUGUUCAGCCUGGAGAAACCUCAGCCUCUGAGGGACCCUGUCGAGAACACUUAUCAAUGAACAAUUGUUAGGGACAUUAUGAUACAUACUUCCCCUCUUGUUAUUAUUGAACUGUUUGCAUAGAAUAAUAUUAUUAUGAAUGUGUUAACCAAGAUAACAUGGGAGCCAUUGCGUGUCCUUGUCUGAGCACGGUGUGUUCCUGAGGGCAUACGUGCCCUCCCAGACCAGAUAGGGGAGACGUCAUCGACUCUGACAAGAUAACAAUUUACGACAUCUUCUCUGUAUCACGAUUUAUUACAUUUAUUAUAAAAAGCAGCUGUAGAGAGCUUUUCGUUAGGUCAUUGUCUGUACUGUUUUGUAGUGCGGAGAAGGCCUCCUUGUUGGGUUCUCAAGUAAAAAUGAACUUUGAUAUAU